CGGAGAAUUCAAAACUGCCCGAUUUCGCCAAAUACAACGGACUGACUCUUACAAGAUCUUGACCGAGUCCGAGAGUACGCUGUAUUUUUGCCAUAACGGCCGUGAAUCCUUCAACAUGGACAAUUUCUACUUUCCGCUAGACCUGUCAAAACUGGAGAAUGACCGACUCCGGCUAGUUCCAUUUGAUUCUAAUUUCGAGGAGCUGUCAGCGACAUACGUGAAACUGUCAUCUGAGACUCCCGAGAUCUUCCAAUAUCUUCCCUAUGGACCUUUCGAAAGCCCCCAAGCGUAUGAGCAGUGGUACGGCAAUCGCAUUCGGCCCACCAAAGAAUCGAUCAUCUUCGCCAUCAUCCUCAAAGCAGGCAUCGUCAGAAGGCGAAAGCCUGGCUCCGACGAAUUUGAGGAACUGAACGUGGAAGACGGUACCUUUGCAGGGACUACCGGCCUGAUCAGGGCGGAUCCAGAUAACUCCGUUGUCGAGGUGGGAAAUGUCGUGAUUCUUCCACGGUUCCAUCGAACGUUUGUGGGAACGGCAGCUCACACGCUUCUUCUGAACCAUAUGUUGGAUCCUCCACCUAAUGGACUCCAUCUCCGACGCGUCCAAUGGCAGGCCUUCAGCAGCAAUCAGGCCUCGAUUGCCGCGGCGCAGCGCCUCGGCUUCCAGCUCGAGGGCAUCAUUCGCUGGCAACGGGUGUUACCAGAGGGCAAGAAGGGAAAUGAGAGCGGUGUCAUUGACAACAAAAUGCCUGGGUUGGACCCAACUGGCCAGAAAAAGCUUGGGCCAGGCCGUCACUCGGCGAUGUUGAGUUUGUGUUGGGAUGAUUGGGAGAAUGGAGCGAGGGAGAGACUGCAUGCUCUCUCGCAGAAAUAUUCCUAGCUUGGAACAUGGAACCGAGACUUUCGUGCUAAUCAACUCCCCUCUCAAUCACAUUUUUUGAUCAUAUGAAAUGAUCGUGGAAUUUGAACUCUAGCAAGCCACAUGCACCGCCUUGUUUCAUUGUCUGUGAGUCAAGUCUGCCAAUGGAU